GCGCGACGCAGUAGAUGCAGCUGUGUUAAGUGUUAAGCAAGAAUAAGGGCGCAACUUGGAAAGGGUUUGCAAAUGCUAUCUGUCGACUACUUUAAACACCGAGAAUGGACGACAGGAAAAUCGAUAGGAUGGACAAUUGCAUUACAAGAGGAAAAACCCCCAAAGGAAAAUGAACAGCUGCAUUUGCAUUUGGUAGAGAAAAUCUUGUUAAAGCCUCCUGAAAUUAAGGAGUUGAGGACAAGGAAGAGUACAACUAAAACGGACAAAACACCUUUGAGAACAAACAUGGCAGUUUUUUUCAACUUCAUAACAUCAAUAGACAGACAGCAGACAGGAGUACAGAAGUGUUAAAUGUGGUUCUAUUAAGAAAAGAGACAGCUAGACAUAUACAUACUGUAAACAAAAUACAGACGCAAACACAUUCAUACACACCUCCAAACAAAACAAAACAAACAAACAACACCAUGGCGGAAAACGUCAGCUCCAGAUCGGACAGCCCUACCAAUGUGUCUCUGGCAGGCUCGGUUGAUCUGGUCUCACAAUCUCUGGAGUACAAGGCCGUCUCAGUGUUCCUGGUUCUGCUGGUCUGCACUAUGGGCAUUGUGGGCAACAUAAUGGUGGUCCUGGUUGUCCUGACUACACGACACAUGCGCACCCCUACCAACUGCUACCUGGUGAGUCUGGCUGUGGCAGACCUGAUGGUACUGGUGGCGGCAGGCCUACCUAACAUCUCUGACAGUCUGACUGGUACCUGGGUGUAUGGCCAUGCUGGCUGCCAGGGCAUCACCUACCUACAGUACUUGGGCAUCAACGCUUCUUCCUGCUCUAUCACCGCUUUCACUGUGGAGAGGUACAUUGCAAUCUGCCAUCCGAUGAAAGCCCAGACAGUGUGUACGGUGUCCCGGGCGAAACGCAUCAUUGCAGGCGUGUGGGCCUUUACCUGUAUCUACUGCAUGGUGUGGUUCUUCCUAGUGGACAUCCAGGUGAACCCUGAUGGGCAUGUGCAGUGUGGCUACCGUGUGUCUCGCGAUCUCUACCUCCCCAUCUACCUCAUUGACUUUGCCAUCUUCUACGUGAUCCCGCUGCUGCUGGCUAUCGUGCUGUAUGGCCUCAUUGCUCGUAUCCUGUACCUUAACCCACUGCCCAAUGCCCCGGGCUGCGGUGCUGCCACGGCAACCACGCUCCGCAGGAGCUGCAAGGAGCCUGCCAACAACAUCAACAAGGGAGGGCGACCUAAGAGCACGCUGUCAUCCAGGAAACAGGUGACAAAGAUGCUGGCGGUGGUGGUGAUUCUGUUUGCCCUGCUGUGGAUGCCCUACCGCACGCUUGUGCUCAUCAACUCCUUCGUGAGCAGCCCCUACCUGAACGCCUGGUUCCUGCUCUUCUGCCGCACGUGCAUCUACGCCAACAGCGCCAUCAACCCGGUGGUCUACAACCUCAUGUCGCAGAAGUUCCGCUCUGCCUUUCGCGACCUCUACCGCUGCAAGCACCACAACGCCCACUCCCGCUCAUUCUCCCUGCUCCAGUCAGGCUACAGCAUGGCCAGGGACCCCCGGACCAACACCAACACCAGCACCAGCCUGGCCAAGAGCAACGGCACCAGGGAGACCGGUAGGAAGGUGGCAUUCGGGGCCCCGGCAGGGAGGACCAGCCCGGAGCCCUCUUUCGUCACCCAGUGUACGGACACUGAGGUGAAGGCCGCGGAGGCCCCCGAGGCUCCCAGGGCCCAGGCAGAGGCUGCCUGUGAGGUGGAGGUGAAGCCUGCUGCUGGACAGUUGCAGGAGAUGAAUGGGGAGAUGAACCACAGUGUUGUGUGAUGGGACUAGAGACCGGAUGUGGUGAGAAGGAUCCAUUUGCUAUCCAGGAUCUAUUGAUAGAUGUCAGAGCCUGUUCAGACACACACACACACACAUAAACACACACACACACACACACACACACAC